AUGUCGCGCUGCUUUCUGCCAGAAGUUCGAGUCCCAGAUCGUGAACAGAAAUUUAUGAACGAUGUGGAGCAAGCCCUGGCGCCUUUACGAGAAGCUGUUUCGCGUGGAAAUUUUGACUCAGUCGGGAAUCUGGUUGAGGUGGUGAAUGACAAGUAUAAAAUGACCAUAUCGAUGAAUGUUGCUCAAUUUACUCCAGAAGAGUUAUCGGUGGAUGUAGAUGGACGUGUGCUCACGAUUGAAGGAAAGCAAGAAAACGAAGAAAGCAAUGGAUCUUUUAUGAGAAGCUUUGUUCGACAAUGGACCCAUCCUGAUGAUGUCGAUGCAGAUCAGCUGAAAUGCACAAUAACUGAAGAUGGACAUCUUGCUGUGGAAGCUCCAAAAAUUGCAGUGAAGCCAACUUCGGACAGCGCAUAG